AUGCGAUUCCACUUUGAUCGACUCAGCCCUUCCUCUUCGAUCUAUCUGAAAUUAUCUCCAGAUCGACCAAGGAUCUCCGGGCCACCAUUAUCACAGGUGAGUCUUUUGACUGAAAAUGGAAACACCAAGGAUGAUUUGAGGCUCCCCACUGAUGAUGCUCUGCUCCCCACUGAAAAUUCUAGCCAUGACUGGUAUAUACCUCUGUUUUAUACAAAUAUGUCAGCCAGAGCAUUCUACGAACCCAUUCUUGUUACUGACUUUGUUGCAAAGUAUUUCAAUGUUAAGGAUCUGACAAGGCCUCUAUCCGAUCUAGAUUGUCUUAAGGUUCCCUCUUGA